CAAAUUGUCAAACUGAAACGUCAUUAUCUUGUCAACAUCUUCGUAGAUAGUUGGGUUGGACAGGACGUAUUUUAUACACAAGUGCAUAUUGAACUCUAUGAAAUAAAUACAGGUGCCCUUUGCGCAGCUGCGUAAUCUGCAGAGAAAAUCAAUGACUAUUUAUUUAUGUGAAAGGUUGUUUAUUGAAAUGGCGUGCAUCGCUUAUCAGUGAAUGCGUACUUUGUUACUUGACCAAAUUAUUUGUGCGUAUUGAGUCGAGUCGCCAGUGCAGUGCUGAUUACAAAACUACAAUGAGUGAAUCACAGUUGAAUUUCAAUUACGGUGGUAAUAUGGCUAUGGGAGGCAAUAUGCCAAUGCCCAGCAAUGUUGGUAUACCACCACCUGAUCAAGGAAUACACUACUUACCUCCAGGCGUGCAUUCAGCGUCUGGGGUCCAAGCCAAUCAGCCUCCACCUGUUCCUCCCAGGAUAGACUUAAACCAAGCUCUUGCCCAACCAUCCUUUGCCAGUCAAAUGGGCAACUAUGGUGGCAUGGGAUCUUAUGGGGGAAUGGGAUCCUAUGGAGGAAUGGGAUCAUAUGGUGGAAUGGGGUCCUACGGAGGAAUGGGUAUGGGAAUGGGAAUGGGGGCAUAUGGGGGAUAUGGAGGUAUGGGUGGUUAUGGAAUGGGUGGGCUUGGGGGUAUGUAUGGAGGCUACAACAGAUUGAUGGACAACUAUGAAACAAGGUUUAUACAGAUGGCUGAGGAGCGGUCCCGUCCAGCGUUCGAAUCCAUACAGAGCUUGGUGAAUGCUGUAGGCAGCGUAGCCAUGAUGCUUGAGGGCACAUUCUUCGCUAUGACCAGUUCAUUUAGAGCUGUUUUGGGGGUGGCAGAAAACGUCGGCAGACUGCGGUCGCUCUUCGCCCAGUUCUGGUCGACCUUCGCAGUAGUUAGGACCCUGAACUGGAUCAUCAGGAAGUUGAUGGUUCUCAUCGGAAUUAGAACUGAAAAUGAAUUUCAGGCCUGGGCCGAAGCUGUGGCAUCAACACAGCAAGGCGAACCUGCCCAAGGACCUCAGGGCAUCCGAUACUCAGGAUGGCCAGUGAUCAUGUUCUUCGCCGUGGUAGCGGCUGCACCAUACAUCGUGCUGAAGAUGAUGACCAGACUUAAUACAACCAUUCAGGAGACUUUGGCGGAUCCGACAACGUGGCAGAAUCCGCUAAAAGCAAUCGCUAACUACACCUUCGUAGCGACAUCUCCUCAGGAGCUCACCAUCCACGAGAACCAGAUCUUCCACGUGGCUCCCACACACCUCCAACAGCACUUAAUGCCUUCUGGUUGGCUUAUGGCCACGACAGACGGAAAGUCCGCUGGUCUCGUACCAGUAAAUUACUUCAAAGUGAUCACCCCCACCCCAACUGAACAGAAGCCAGGGGAUAAAACAGAAAAUAUAGCCCCUCCUCCCGGUUUAGAAAAAAAGACCACCUAAAUUCUUUUCAAAGAGAAGAACUGUCGUUUUUGCGCUGAGUAGAUGGCAGCACUGGCGAUUUAAGUAUCUUUAGUCUUGUAAGUAUGGUGUUUAAUAUUUUUUUGUUGCGAAUAUGAUGCAUAAUAGGUUGGAAGCGAAUAGUUCUCGCUCUGUAGUAAAGGCGACUCAACCUAGUCUUAACAGUAGAUUUUUUUAAAGAAAGAAUAAAUAUUUGUUACUUGAUUUUGAACUUUAUCAUGAAGACUUAAGGUUGCCUACUAACACGCCAAAUAAAAUAAGAGAUAUAUUAACCAACAUAUUUUGGAUCAAAAGACCUAACUCGCCACUAGCGCCCCUACCAGCGUUUAAAGAACGAUAGUCUCUUAGGUGAUAGGUUUUUCAAUUACCAUUAUAUCAUAUUUUUAAUAUUCUUGCAAUAAUAAUGACUGUCAGCUCUAGCCUUUGAUUUGAUAUGUCCAGCAUGUUUUUUAAACAAAAAUGUCCGAUUUUGACAUAUGAAUUAUUUCGAGUGUGCAACAUUUGGUUUCGAACGAAUAACAUUUAUAUAAAUGCAAAUGUUAAUAUUAUCCUUAUUGAAAUAAGGUUUAAAACGAGUUAACUUGACACGUAACUUAAUCUGCGAAGUGAUAUGAACAUUAUAUUCUUUGAAAUAAAGGUGAAAGAAGAUCUCAAUAUCAGAAACUUUUAACGUCACAUAACAUUCUAACAGCAAAUAAAAGUUAUUUUAAACCUUAUAAUCUUAAAUGCAAUGUAGAUAUUGGCUUGUCAUAGAUACGAAAAGAAGUUUUUCUAAAGAAAAUCUUUGGAGUAAGACCUAAGUAAUACUCGACUUGAUGAGGAAUUGUAAGAAGACUGUAAAUUGUGUGCUGAUUCGGCCUUUAGCCAGUUGGACUGGGUUUUGGAUAAGUAGUUAAGAACGGGUCUUAAAAAAUCUUAGGAAUUGGUAAAUAAAUUACAUAAUGCAAUUAUGUACCUAAAAAGGAUUUAAUUUAAUUAAAUAGCUCAAUGACUGGCUCUUAAUACUUUAAGGGUCAGUUUGUUGCGCUAACAUUUUGCGCAAAAAUUUAUUUUGUGUAUAUCAAAAGCGAAUUGUGUUUUAAUUUAUGCAUUUUAAUUUAGUUAUAAACUGGUGGGCAUUUAUAGGGGUCCUUCAAUCCAAACUAAUAUUAUAAAUGCGAAAGCAACUCAGUCUGUCUGCAUUUUCUUGACGCCUAAACUACUGAACCUAUUUGUGUGAAAUUUAUUACAGACAUAGUUUGGAACUCGAGAAAGGACAUAGGAUAGUUUUUAAACCAAAAAUCUGCAGGAAGUCACUAUUCCACGCGAAAACUAAAAAAACUAGUUGUUUUUAAAAUUAAUAUGUAAUAGAUAUAAAAAACAGCAAACACAAGUAAUUUCAACAGUUUAACUUACAGAAAUAGAUUCUUCAAAUAGUCUAAUUUUAAUGGACACCAGUUUAUUUUUUUAUCAACAACAAUGUUCGAGUGCUCGAACAAUAUUUUGUUAAAGGUCGAAUUUAAUAUCAAAAUCAAUCAUAACUUAUAGAAACUCAGAUCCCAUUUCAAAAAUGUUUUUUUUUAUAAAGAAUGGUCUUAAAUGUGAUAUAAGUCACAAAUUAAUAUUUUACCUGUGAUUUGAUUUGAACGGAACGAUUAUGCGAAAACUCUUUCAUGUAAAAGAGUGUAGGCAUGCAUUGCCCCAUCCAGGGUUUUC